AUGGCCAACGCAGUAGACGCCGCCGAGGCCAACAUCCAGAUCUGGAAGAUCAAGAAGCUCGUAAAGCAGCUCGAUGCUGCUCGCGGUGCCGGUACCUCGAUGAUCUCGCUCAUCCUCCCACCAAGAUCUCAAAUCUCCCAAGCCUCCAACAUGUUGACCCAAGAAUACGGUACCGCUUCCAACAUCAAAUCGCGUGUCAACCGUCUCUCGGUGCUCGCCGCCAUCACCUCCACACAGCAGCGUCUCAAGCUGUACAACAGGGUCCCCGACAACGGCCUCGUCGUAUACUGCGGCACCAUCCUCACAGACGAAGGCAAAGAGAAGAAGGUCAACUUUUCCUUCGAGCCCUUCAAGCCUAUCAACACCUCGCUCUACCUUUGCGACAACAAGUUCCACACAGAGGCGCUAUCUGAGCUCCUCGAGGCCGAUGCCAAGUUUGGUUUCAUUAUCAUGGACGGUAACGGUUCGCUUUUCGGUACUCUGUCCGGAAACACACGUACAGUCUUGCAGAAGCUCUCGGUCGACUUGCCUAAGAAGCACGGUCGUGGUGGUCAGUCGGCGCUGCGUUUCGCGCGUCUUCGUGAGGAGGCGCGUCACAACUACGUGCGCAAGAUCGCAGAGCUUUCCACCCAGCACUUUAUCACCGACAACAAGUGCAAUGUUGCCGGCCUUGUGCUUGCCGGUUCUGCCGAUUUCAAGACCGAGCUCAGCCAGUCCGACUUGUUUGACUACCGCCUGCAACCCAAGAUUGUCAAGAUCGUCGACGUCUCGUAUGGUGGAGAGAACGGCUUCAACCAGGCCAUCGAGCUUGCCGCCGAAACGCUCUCCAACGUCAAGUUCGUUCAAGAGAAGAGGCUCAUCCAGAAGUACUUUGACGAGAUCUCGAUGGAGACGGGCAAGUACUGUUUCGGUUUGGACGACACUUUCAAGGCGUUGGACGUUGGUGCCGUCGAGACGCUCAUCGUGUGGGAGAACCUGGACGUGACGCGCUACGUGCUCAAGGACAGCGAAGGUAGCCAGCAAGUGCUUAUGCUCACCAAGGAACAGGAGAAGGACCGCAGCCGUUUCAUGGACCGCGCCACCGGUGAGGCCAUGGAGCAGGUCGAAGAGCCCAUGCCCCUCCUCGAGUGGCUCGCUGAGAACUACCGCCAAUUCGGUACCAACCUCGAGUUCGUUACGGACCGAUCACAAGAAGGCAUGCAGUUCUGCAAGGGUUUCGGUGGUAUCGGUGGUAUUCUGCGUUACAAGGUCGCUUUCGAGGACAUGGCGGUGUUUGAAGACGAGGACGAGUUCAUGAGCGACGACUCGGACGAUUAA